CAGAAUUGGAUAAGAAGACUGUGCGAGUUCUCAUAUCCACAAGCUUUAAAAUUAAAAAUCUAAUUUUGAAGUUACAUCUUCUUCGGUCCAUUGUUCCCUCCCUCUCUCAAACCCGAAGAAAAUGAAUUUAUAUAUGUCUUCAUUGUCCUCUUUCAAUUUCCGAGCGCUGGUUUCUUUUCAACCCCAUUGGAAGCACAGUAACAACUUCCAUUACUGCGUAUUAUCCCACCCCAAGAAAAAGUGUGCUGGGUUUUCUUCUUUCAGCCAUGAUGAAGAUUCUCCUUCUCCCACAAAACAAAACCAGAUUGGUGAUGAUCCUUCUGCUGAGCUAUUUGGAAUUGAACCUGAUUUGCAACCAAGAAGAGUUCCUUCAAAACUAAGAUCAUGGUUUGGCCCAAAUGGGCAAUACAUCAGAGAGUUUCCAUGCCCAAGCUGCAGAGGAAGGGGAUAUACUCCAUGCACUGAAUGUGGUUUAGAGAGAUCUAGGCAGGACUGUUUACUAUGCCAGGGAAAGGGUAUAACUACUUGUCUUCAGUGCUUUGGGGAUUGCGUUAUUUGGGAAGAGUCUAUUGAUGAAAAACCAUGGGAGAAUGCUCAAUCUCUAUCUCCAAUUAAGGUGAAAGAGGACGAUGAGGUGGAUAAAUUAGACAUAAACCUAAGCGCAAAGAGGAAAACCAAACGCAUUUACCAAUCUCCAAGCCAUGAAGUUAAUUUGAAGAUAAGCAGAUCAUUGAAAAGCCUGAAUGCCAAAACUGGAUUAUUUAGUAAGAGGAUGAAAAUUAUCCACGCUGAUCCUUUACGUCAUGCACAAAGAGUGGCUGCCAUUAAGAGAGCUAGAAGAACAACUGCUUCUAGGAAACGUUCUUCAGAAGCCAUGAAAGAGUACUUUCGAGAUCCAGAAAACCGUCGCAAGAGAAGUCUUAUCAUGAAAUGUGUGUUUCUUACCCUUCUUGGCCAUGAAAUUCCACUGCAAAAACUGUGGGCGUGAAGGACAUAGGAAACACUACUGCCCAGACAUUGAGGACCUAGACAGACGCUGCAGAUGUCAUUUAUGUGGGGAAAAGGGGCAUAACAGAAGAACUUGCCCAGCAAUUGUACUUAAGAGAAAGGCAGGACGGAAUCGACAUUGCAGAAUAUGCGGACAAAAAGGUCAUAACAGAAGAACGUGCCCUAGCAACACAGAAGCAACAAGUCCCCAAAACACUCCGAAAACCCAUGUUUGCAGAUUGUGCUUUAGCGAAGGGCACAACCGUAGGACAUGUGCUCAAAGGAGCAACUAUGUACAUAGGAAAAAGGUCAUGAAGUAUAAUCAUUGUAGGAUAUGUGGGCAAAAAGGGCAUAAUAUAAGGACUUGUCCCCAAAACAACAAAGGGGCAUCAACAAGCAACAAGAGCUUUGUUUCCUUGUGAUGCAUGUGUUAAAUAAGAAACAUGAGUGAGACAAGUUCUCAAAGAAAGAAACAUUUCUAUUAACAUUAAUUCUCACUUUUAUUAGAGUAUAUACAUCCGAAGUGUCCAAAGUUGUAGUCUGCUUUUGAAGCACAACAAUUAGUCAAUUUACGUUAACUGACUAUAGCUGCAUAGGUUUCAUCAAACAAUGUGAAGUUAUUACUUCAUAGCAAUGAUGCCUAUGUUUGAAAAAACAUGAUGAUCAAUAAACUAGUUCACAACUGAAACAUCAGCUGAUUAGUUAAAUGUCUAAUGUUAUGUUGGAUACAUGAUCAGUUGGCUUUUAAGCUAUUAACUCUUUUUUAAAGAAAGCCUUG